CGGGGGCGAACGGCAGCAGCGCCCCGCAGUCCCCGCGCCUCUAACACUUGCAGCGAUCGCUCGUGCGCAGCCGGCAUCGCCCCGCGCCGCGCGCUACUCCCUCCCUUCGCCCGCUCCGUGGCUCCCGCGCUCCGCGCGAGUCUCGGGCGCCCAGCCUGCGACAGCGCACGGACCGACGGCCCCGGGGACGCCUCGGCCCGCGCCUCCCGGGCGGGCGGGCUAUGUGGAUUGCCCCGCCGGGCCCUGCCCGCGGGAUCAGCACAGCCCGGCCCGCGGCCCCGGCUACCAGCGGGGACUAUGACCCGGAAAACGCGACACUGCCUGGGCCAUCUCUUUCUCAGCCUGGGCAUGGUCUACCUCCGGAUCGGUGGCUUCUCCUCGGUGGUAGCUCUGGGCGCGAGCAUCAUCUGUAACAAGAUCCCAGGCCUGGCUCCCCGACAGCGGGCAAUCUGCCAGAGCCGGCCCGACGCCAUCAUCGUCAUAGGAGAGGGCUCACAAAUGGGCCUGGACGAGUGUCAGUUUCAGUUCCGCAAUGGCCGCUGGAAUUGCUCAGCGCUGGGGGAACGCACAGUCUUCGGGAAGGAGCUCAAAGUGGGGAGCCGGGAGGCUGCCUUCACCUAUGCCAUCAUUGCUGCCGGCGUGGCCCACGCCAUCACAGCUGCCUGUACCCAGGGCAACCUGAGCGACUGCGGCUGCGACAAGGAGAAGCAAGGCCAGUACCACCGGGACGAGGGCUGGAAGUGGGGUGGCUGCUCUGCCGACAUCCGCUACGGCAUCGGCUUCGCCAAAGUCUUUGUGGAUGCCCGAGAGAUCAAGCAGAAUGCCCGAACUCUCAUGAACUUACACAAUAACGAGGCAGGCCGAAAG